AUGGAGAAUAAGAAUGUCAAGGAAAUGAGUAAGCAGCGUAAUAAUAAUUUUAAAAUAUAUCUUCAGUUCCAUUCGUCCCCGAAAACAACUCGGUCCAAGUGUGCAGCAGAGAUCAUGUUCACCGAAUUCACGAUGCUAAUGAUCCUGUCGUCCUUUAUAAGUCUUUAAUCGCUGCUAAGGAAACUGUAAGGAUAUCAGCAAACUCUAAAUUGUCAGCUUUAGGAAAACAGAUGGAUUUCUUGAUCAAGGUGAGAUUUCUUCUUUUUUAUUAUCUUGUUUAGGAAGCAAACAAAAUAGUAGAACAGAGCAAACGCGAUGAGCAACUGCAUAAUAUUCCCUGUAAUUUCAAAAAAAUUGCCGGGAAUGUAUAUUAUUUAUACAAAAGAGGAAAUGGGACUGAAUUCUUUUCUAUGUUAUCGCCUGAUGAAUGGGGAAGACAGCUAAAUAAUUUUGAGUAUGUUGGCGGAUAUAGAUUGGAUGGAGACUACGGGUUCACAUGCGUUGAUGGUGCUGAAGAUGAGGGAAGAGAAGAAGAAAGAUAUCGACAAAUUUUUAAAAGGAUAGGAUACUGA